AUGGCGGUCGAGCGACAAGCAGACAGCGCCAUUAAGUUCUACCAAGCAAAGUCAAGCGAAUAUGACAAUACAUGGCAUGCAGACUUCACGAAGCGCUUCAUGACCUAUCUUGACGUACUGCCUGGCCAACACGUACUCGAUCUAGCUUGUGGAACAGGUCUACUAACCUUUCUUGAGGCAGACGCAGUGGGAUCAGCCGGUCAAGUGGUCGGUAUAGAUGUCACGCCGGGAAUGCUAGCGAUAGCGACUCGCAAACAGGAGCAGGUUGGGGACAAAUAUGCCAAUGUACAGUUCAUUGAAGGCGACAUCCUACGUCUGGACAGGGUGGAGGAGCUCAAAGAUCGACUGUUCGAUGUCAUCACUGUAGCCUCUGCGUUGGUACUACUUCCGGAUCCAAUUACUGCGCUUGUACAUUGGUUCAAAUAUCUGAAGCCUGGAGGUGUGAUCGCGGCAGACGCGACACAUCCACGAAACCUUGUAUCUGGCAUGGUCCUUGAACGGACGGCUCGAAGACUGGAAUUGCCUAUUCCAUACAACCGGUCAUGGAGCCGAACGGAAUCUACGCUGAAGCAAAAGUUCGAAAGCGCAGGCUUCCAAGUUGAAAAGCUCGUCACAGUAGAGAACCAGGCGGGGUACGGCAGGAGAGUCCAUGAUCUGGAGCGAUGGGACGAUUUCUUUGUUGAAAACGUUAUCCUGAAGGAUGUCACUCGAGCGUUUGCGAACAAUGACAUCCGAAGAAAGGCACAGGGCAUAUACAAGGAAGAGUGGGAAAAGCUGGCAGUGGACGGGAAAGUUGAGGAGAUUGAUGCGGUCUUCCUGGCUGUAGCAAGGAAGCCCGCAGAUGGAUCGCGAUAUACUCCAAGAGCAUCGACGAACGAGAUUGUCUUCAAGGGUGGCUGUCGCUGUGGCGCAGUGCAAUACACGUCUAGCACCGCUCCUUCAGACAUGACGAUGUGUCAUUGCCGUGCUUGCCAGCAACUCUCUGGAUCGAGCUACCUACCGUUCACCUCAGUGCCCAUGACUGCGGUGGAGUUCAUUGGCGGAUCGACGCACAAGGUUCUUAAGCUUUCGGACUAUGCAGAACGAACUUUCUGCUCAGCAUGCGGGACACCAGUUAGCAUGACCACUACUAUAAAGCCCGAUCGCAUCUUCUUCACUGUGGGCACAAUCGAACAGCAAAGUCUAGCAGAUAUCGAGUCACCGCCUGUAGUCAAAGAGCACAUAUUCCUGUGCGAGAAGGCGUCAUGGGAGGUGCUGCCAAAUGACGGCGCUGAACGGUGGGCCACGCGAGAAUGA